AAAGAAGAGAAAAGCUACAGGGAAGGAGAGAGAGGAGAGGGAGAUUGAGGGAGAGAGAAACCGAGAGAGAGAGUAAGUGGAAAGCAGCAGAGAGAACGGAAGCAAUUUACUCCUUCCAUUAAGACCUCUCGGGGACUGUUUCGUGGUACAGCGCUCCUUUAAAAAAAAAAACGCAUCCGUCGCUCUGGCCUUUAUAUUUUUUUUUGCGCUCGACUUAUUUGCACCCACCGGCUGUGUGGAGCAGCGGAGGAAUAUUUUUACUCCUCGAAAACACAUGGGGUGUUAUUGGGACGGCUGCAACAAGAGAGAGAGAGAGAUGGGCGAAAUAAUUCAUCAUCGUCGUCCGUCAAGCCCGCAUCAACACGCCGCCGACCACAAAAACGCUGAGUGAGCGCGCGGGAGUUGAAUCGAGCUUCUACGCGGAAAUUUGCAGGUAUCAGGCGGUUUGUAAAUCUGAAUAAUCGUGCAACGGGGUGGGGGGCGGGGGGGAACACAAUAGAAACUCUGUUUUGCCGUCUUCUAAGGACUUAGUAAAAGUCGCUCCUUUAAACAGGACGCUCGUUAAAAAAAAAAAAUCGGCUGCGUUCAGUGCUUUUCGAUUGAAGGCUGUUAGCCGCCCUUGGGAGAGAAAAACUAAACGGGAACACUAAUGAAGCGCGAUGGCAAUUGUUAGGAGAGAAGCGUUGACUUGGGCUGUCCUGCCCAGCUUGACGCGCAACACAGACUCAUGCCGGUAAACAAAAUAAAAGUACGAAUUAGUUUCAUUCCGCCGAGAACGCUUGUAAAAACCCGUAACGUUGGUGGAACAUUGAAGCUCUUCCAGUUCCAUCAAGUUGAGGAAAAUCCAUGAAACCUGUCGUUGCACUUCCAAGCGGGGGUACGAAGCUGUAGACCUGGGACUCGGGCCGUCUCGGACCUAGGGACAAAUAAGGUGUUUGUGGUUUUCUGUCGAGUAGAACGGUGGGGAAAACGCCAGCAGCGAACAUCCGAAGCCAAACAGACCAUCCUGGCACGGGACACCGGCAAGGAAAUGGCGACCUCCCGACCACCGUCCCGUUUCGCCGGCACGCCCCGCGCUGGAUCCGUUCUGAAUUCAGGGCCCUUCAGGACAUGAGGGCGACCGUCACAGCAAUAGCGACGGCGGCAGAGGUGGCGGCGGUGACGGUGCCGGGAGCAACGGUAGCAGCGGUAAAACCCUCGGUCAACGCUCACAGGGCGACCCGCCGGGCGGCAUGAUCUCCCGACCCAAGUACAUGCGCAUACGCGAGUCGGACUCGGGUGACGCCUCGCCAGAACCCGCGCCGGAGUAUCCGGCGCGCGCCGCCGCUGGCAGCCCACCACCGGACGACGCGGACAGGUGGUCGGCGCGAUCGUGCGACCGGCUGCUGCCGCCGCCCUCGCCGGCGGAGCUGCCUCCUCCGGCGCCGAGCAGGACCGACUCGGACGGGACCCCGCGAUUGCGGAGGCGACAACGUCGGCGCCAUCUCUCGGACUCUGACUCGGACUCCCGGCUCGUGUUCGCUGCCACCACGCCGGGCGGCGACACGCCGCCCGGCGCCGUCAGUGGCGGCUUCGGCGACGGAGAGGACGAAGAGGAGGAUGACGAUGGCAGCGAGGACAACGACCCGGAGGGGGACGAGGACCGAGAUGCCGAGAGGCGGCAGGAAGAAGAGGAGGAGACCACGACGCUCUGCGCGUUCCUGCCGCGGAUGCGAGGGCUUAGCCGCGGCCGCCUGGGCCUGCGCUCGCUGGUGCGAGAGUUGGCCACCAUCUCCCGGAUGAGCUGUGAGGGCCCCGCGAGGGACGGCUGCGCGUCGCCGUCGCGCGCGCCCGUGCCUCCGGCCCCUUCCUCGGGCGCCGGCGGUGGCGCCGGCAGCGGCGGUGGAUGCGCCAGCAAGGACUCGAGUCGCUACACGAGCGGGCGAGCGGGGAGGGGCGACCCCGGCGACGAGUGGAGGAGCAACGGCAACUUCAUCAGCAAGCCAACACGCGGAUGGAUCCAUGGUGACGAUCAGAUCAUGGGCUCUGGCGUGGCCUAUACCGUGCGGUACAUGGGCUGUGUUGAGGUUCUCAAGUCAAUGCGGUCUCUGGAUUUCAACACUCGGACUCUUGUGACCAGGGAGGCGAUUGGCAGGGUGUGCGAGGCUGUGCCGGGCUCAAAUGGAUCUUUCCGACGACGAAAGGGCCCCAGCCAGACGCUGGGCGACGUCCUGGGCAAGAGCAACCUGCAGUUCGCCGGUCUCGACAUCAUCCUCACCAUCUCCAUCUCCAGCCUCAACCUCAUGACGCCCGAGACCAAACAGAUCAUUGCCAACCACCACAUGCAGUCCAUAUCCUUCGCUUCAGGUGGAGACCAGGAAACGACAGAUUACGUUGCAUAUGUGGCCAAAGAUCCUGUGAAUCAGAGAGCGUGCCACGUGCUCGAGUGUCUGGAAGGGCUGGCGCAGGACGUGAUCUGUACCAUCGGGCAGGCCUUCGAGCAGAGGUUCAAGCAGUACCUCAAGAGCCCCGCACGGCCCGCGGCUGUUGCUGCCACCACCAACGCCGCCGCCGCCGCCAUCCCACACUCCAGACCGGAGGGCGGCGAUGGUGCGACGGAGAGAGAGGAGGACGAGGAGGAGGAGGAGGUGUCCCGAGCCACGGGGCGUGACCACGAGUACUACAAUGAUCUCCCCUCCAAGGAGCCCCCCCCUGGGGGGCUGGUGGACGCACGCACGCUGGAGGGGGCCGGAGGGGGCGGGGCAGGAGCGGGGGGCGCUGGGUGGGCCGGGGCGCGACCACAGCGGCCUCCGCAAUCGUCCAUGGCAACAAGAGGCGAGAACGGGACGGUGGCGGGGAAGUCUGUGUACGACAGCAGCGCGAGCUACCAGAGGCAGUCAUCGAGUGCAGCCGACGGCAGUGGAGGGAUGCGGCCUGGGGCCCGCGUGGAGGCCACAGAGGACCCGAGCUAUGUUAACACGAGCGACAUGGACGGAGGGGGGCUGUCCUCGGAGCGGCUGCGUGGAGAGCCGUGGUUCCACGGCCGCGUGAGCCGCGGCGAUGCCGAGAAGCUGCUGGGCCGCGAUGGCGACUUCCUGGUGCGGGAGAGCGGCUCCACGCCGGGCCAGUACGUCCUGACCGGCAUGCAGGGCGGCCGGCCCAAGCACCUGCUGCUCGUCGACCCCGAGGGCGUGGUGCGCACCAAGGACCGCAAGUUCGACAGCGUCAAUCAUCUCAUCAGCUUCCACCGCGACAACCAGCUGCCCAUCAUCUCAGCCGGCUCGGAGCUCUGCCUCAAGCAGCCAGUGCAUCGCAAGCUCUGAGCCAGCGACCGGCGGCGAUUGCGACGAUGGUGGCGACGAAGAUGAUGGCGAUAAUGACGACAGCGGAAGCGGUGAUGGGAGGAGGAGCAGGAGGCGAAUUCGGGUCAUGGAGGAUGGGGGGGGGAGUGGUGGGCGGCGGGGGAACAAAAUCUCGUGGAUGCUCGCUUUUCGCUCGCACUCGUUUCAGGCCAAGCGCAGUGACGAUUGGUGUGCCACGUGUCCUCAAAAUAGCGGUGGACGGAUGUGUGCGCCGCCACCUCCUUUACGAAAACCCACGUUACGCUCACAAAGGCCAAAUUUAGGCAGUUUACAGCGUGCGGUGUUAUUUGCGUGGCCUUUUUGCUAUUAUAAAAGUAAGAAUACUGUAGCUUUAUAAAUGAAAGUAAAAACAAACAAACCCACCAUUGACAACCACCACUUCCGGAAUACACAAUCCAACACGACGGCAGACAUUGCGCAGGACAGUCACGGAAGUGGGGACGGCGCUGGCGCGUAACGUUUCAGCGCCGCGUCGGGACACGGCUAGAUGACAAGACUGACUUGGUCGCACUCCCGAGCUUUGGGAGUACAAAAUUCGAAUUUAGUUUCUUACAAACUUUUUUUUCCCAUUUAUAGAGAUCCUUCCCGAUCGACGCUGUUAUAUGCGGGACACCACGCUUUAUCCACCAGAGUUAUUUCGAGGACACACAGCAAUGCGGGGGGGGGGGGGGGGGGGUGAUGUCUCUUGUUGGUUGGGAUCUCGAGUGAGUUGGAGAGUGAGUGAGCAUGUGAGCGAGCGAGUUUCGGGCUCGUCGUUUAAACGUCGGAAGAUAGUGGUGGUGGGGUGGCGGCGGGGGUGAGAGCUUCGUUGCUGGUAGCGGUGGGCAGCGGCACGGCGCGUCGAUUUUCCGAUUUGAAAUCGAUUCGUUUAUACGAUCACGGCGUAAUGCGUGUGCGCGACUUGGCUGUUUCCGACGUGUGUGCACUGCUGGGAUUCGGCGGUCUGCCGGGGACACGUUCGCUGCAGGUUGGGCAAAAAGGAAAAGAGGAGUUCUUGCUCGGACGGGGGGGGGGGGUCGUAAAUAAUUGGGCAGUCCCACAAAUUCGGCAGCCUCGCGGUCCAAAUGUACUAAAUCGCCCUCAGGGGUAAAUUGUGCCUGUAGAAUACAUGACCCGUGGAAUAAGUCGACGGUUUACGAACGAAAAAGUUAAUUUGUGCAAGUACGUCCGGCACCGCGUAAAUUCGCGAACGUCUUUACCUUUGACAAGAAAGGUGGACGAAUUAUUUCUAUAUGGAUUUUCAGCCCUGAUUGGUUCGCGUCCUUUGUCCAAAUAGAAGGCCGCCACCGUGAGAAUAUGUUAACGAUUGCCCACAAAUCUCAAAUUUGCGUCUUAAAAAUUUGCGGAGCUGCCCAACAGAUUCUUACGCGAACAGCCCACACCGCACGCAUGGUGCUCACAAUCGAUUUCAGUCGAUGAAUCAUUACAUUUUUACUGUUUUUUUUUGUUUCGCUUGAGUUGAAUUAAAAUUAUUUCUUGUGGGUUUUCAAAGAAAAUGCUAAUUUCAGUAUAUAUUGUUUUUUUCGCUUAAAAAAGAACUUGGCGCAUUCGCUAAAGCAUGACCUCUGAUGUCAAGUUACGUUUGGUACCGUUUUGUUAUGAUGCAACAUAGCUUCUGAGUAGACCACACAUGUAUACACACGAGUACACACGGGUGCACGCACACACACGUACACGCGCUUAUGCCUUUUUUUUUCCCAGGGGUGGAGGGAACACACGGCCCAUGGGCCGGAUGGGUCCCGAUACUUAAUUUCAAACGGCCUAGGGCAACAGGAGCCGCUUGGAAAUGGCCCAGCGGGUGGAGGAGGGUCUCCAAAAAUAUGGACUUGCCUGGUGGAGCUGGUGGCAGCACUAACUAGAACGGAGGGUGAAAGUCAUUUAAAAAUCGGGAAACGGAUGGGGCAUGACGACGAUCGCCAACCGCAGAGGACCGCUGCUGCUCCUGCUGCUGCUGCUGCCAGGCGUUAGCGACGCCAGCGGUGUCGGUAAAGCGGGCGGACAGGAAGAGAGAAGGAGGAGGAGGAGAGCAUGCGUCCUAGAGGUGCACUAGUUGGAUGCUAGAGGGGAGAAUGUUUCGAAUGACCUUGGCAAACACUUGUUUCUCAUUUUUUUAGCGCGCUCGGUCACUUCUGUCACUGCAAGGAUGUGUUGCGGCAACCAGAAGGAGAUGAUCGCCGUUGGCGCGCGCGCCCGUUAAAGUGCGGCCCGGCCCACGUACCCAGAACACACUAACCCCGUCCCGGUGUCGCCUGCUAGAGGAGCCGAGCAUAGAUGAUGGUGGGUUUUCAUUACCGAUGCUGUGUGCGCGCACAUGCGCGCGCCUGGUCCUUUGCCCACCGCGAAUGGUCAUUGUUGAUGUAGGUCGGUUUUGGUGGACAUGAAAUGGAACGAAUGUGCGUCCCGUGCUCAAGGUAUUUCAAAUCCCCCAUUCCCCGCUCUAUCCAAAUGCAGCGUAUUGCCUUGAGUUUAUUCAGCAAGGGGGGAGAGAGCGAGCGUGUGGUAGCUUUCUGCAACAAAAAAUAAUCCCGUGAAUGUUCAGAAAAAUAUUGGAUUAAUUGUCUGCCUUAUCUACCCUUCAGUGAUGUAGACGUUACAAAUAAUUGAAGCAUUUAAUGUAACUAUCGCAAGCGCAUUCAAUGCCCCUCCCCCACCCACCUGUUUGCAGAUUAUGGUUACCAUGUGACGUAUAGUCGCAGUGGUAUAGGAGCUUAGGUUGGCCUGGGGCCCUGUUGCAACGAAUUAAAUGCCCUCUAUCAAAUCUCUCUCCACCUCCCCCACCUUCAAAGGGCCCGUGAGCCCUUGUGCAGCAGUCGCACCGCCCGCACACAAGAUAGCCUCGCCACUGGAGCCAAUUCACGUUGGCCUAUGGUUCCCUAUGCUAACGCUCUCGAUAUAUAUAGGUUCAGUAUGAGAUUGUGGUCCUGGUGGCAUAGGGUGGUUGGCAUAGGCCCUGGUGCAAAGGAAUUCAAUCGCCCGAUCCAUUGUUAAACAUCCUUUGCCCGAGGAGGCCAAGUAGAGGGUAUUCGUUUCACGAGGUGAGAACUAUUAUUUGUGCCGUGUCAAGAGUUGCACGCACGGCGGCGUGUCCAUCGGCGUUAGUGGAAUGCAGUUCAAAAGAACCCAACGCGAAAGAGCCCUGGGUUUGAUCUUCCACGAAGCUCGCGGUCCACCCGAAGCCGCCAUCCACUGCGAAAACCAUGGCGGAUGCGGACACCCGAUGCACAAAUGGGAAAAUUAAAAAACUCUCCAGUGCGCGACUGUGGUCAUCUACAACAGACCAUAUAAGAUAUAACGACGCAACUCCCGAUCCACAAACACGAAAGGGAGACAUCACUGCACUCCGCUGCGCCUGACGCGCUUUGUCCGUCUUGACCACCUGAGUGUGACGUUGUAGUUGUUGCUCUGCAACUACAUCAGCGUCCGUGCGACCAGAAAGAAAAGCGUGGCUGGCGUAAACCCCAGUGCGAGGAAUUCGCCCCCCAUCCUUCCCAGCAUCGCAGUUCAGAGCACGUGGUCGGGUCCUCUUGUGUCCCGUGGGUCUCGGUGCGGUUGCACUCGGUAGCGACGACGCCGCCGCUCGUGUUUGGAGCUGACCCCGGAGCUGCCCGGCACGACCUCACCGACCGACGAUGAUUUUUGUUCCUCCCCUCGGUCCAAUAACGAGUUGCCAUUGAUCAAAUCACCCCCCCCCCCCUCUCCUCCCCCACCCGGCAUGCACCGGAUCUCGGAAGCUAAGCGGGGUUGAGCCUGGACAAUGCUUGGAUGAGCGUCCAAACGUACACACCAAGUUGUCACGAGUGGCUGUGGGGCUCUGCUAGGACGGUCGCAACGAAAUCACAUGUACUAUAUACUUAAGUGUGCUCGCACACACACACGUGCGUGCCUCCCUGCCUUCAACACGCGCUGUGAUCAGCGUGGAGAAGCAACGUGAGGCAAUAACCACGGCCCCGCACGGCGUAGGGAGGCGCUUGUCCAGCAGUGGAUUGAAAAACUGGCCGGUCAAGUGUGGGUUGGUUAAGGUGGGGGAGCAUAGACAUGGGAGCAUAUAAGUACAGUACAACAUGUUUGCCUGUGCAAAGAUGUGGCAGCAACUGUCAUUAAGCCCGCUUGUGUGUAAAAUGCUCAAAUCGGUUAACAUAUCUCAUUGUACUGUCGCACGCCUCCAUUAUUAUUUGUAUUUAAUUGAUUUUUUUAUGUUCCUGACUGGAAUAACUGGAAUGUGAGUGGAUCCAGGGAUUGUUUUAUGUUAGAACAAGCCUAUAAAAGUUGUAAAAUCAUAAGGAUAUCUCUUCCCGAGGGUCUCCUAACACGCACCUGGGUCAUUUCCAUUAUUCAAAUGUGAGCACGUCUCUUUAAAUCCCUGGGUUGCAUUUUAUUGCAAUUGAGUGGAUUGUGCGCGUCCCCUCGAUCUCCCGUGUAAUUCCAAGCAAGCGCCUCUCCAUGCUUAAUUUGCCCACCUUUUCAGAAAUUUCGUUGUCAUCAAAGAGGCAUGGAGAGAGAGAGAGAGCGAGCGAGGUGUUAGAGCCCCUGCUUGGAAUUACACACAGAGACACGAAGAGGAACACACGUGGGAUUAGAUAGCAGACGAAAUUUUGCGACAUUUACGAAUUAAGAAGAGUUAAGUGGGUUCGGGCAGUUACGCGGGCUCGCUCGAAGUGGGGGGAGUUGUGUGUGUGUGUGGGGGGGGGGGUGAUGGACACCUGUGGUCGAGACUAACGACGGAACGGCAGCCAAAGGAGAGAGCUCGCUCGCCUAGGAGGGAUGGAGGGGAGGACGUUUACUUUGGCAAUGGAAGUAAAUGAAAUAGACUCGUGUUGUCGGAGCCGGGUGGAUGCGUUUGAAAUUGCAAAAAAACCCGUGGUAAAUGUCGACCGUAUGAGGAGGCCAUUAUUCAGCAGUGGAUAUAAAUGAUGGUCGGUGAUGCCGACGGUGUUUGGCACGUUAUGACAUUGCACUUGUGUGUUUGUUACCUGUCGUCUUGGGUCUUCACUCGCUAACAUACCAACCAGCUCUUGUCACCAAGAGCAAUGACUCAACCGGGGGUGGCCCCUUUCGCAAAUUAGUUUUAACGUAGAAUUAAUUUUGAGUUGCUGUUGGGAGUCAGUGUUUUUUUUCUUAGCGGCCUUUAAGACGCUACGCGCGCCCUUCUUUGCUUUUGUCGCCAAUGAUGAAGAUGAAUUGGCAGGCUUUGAAUUGUGUACGUCCGUCCGGUGUCGUGGGUGGCACGCUGAUAAUUGUUUUUUUAAAGAUUGCUCAAGUGCAUGAGUAAAAUAAAAUUUUAUACUAGCGAUACGAGACUAUUGCUCGAUUAUAUUUUAUAAAUAAGAAAAUGUUCAAAAUAAAUCGUGCUUUGGUUAUUUAAUUAAAAAAAGAUGAAUUUCCUCUCAAUGUAUGCUG